AUGGACUUUCAUGAAAGCGCUGGCGCGCUGUCGCAAAGCGGUGAGAAGUCGUUUUUUCCCUGCCCGCAAGGCGAGCUGCCGUCGCCGUUUGGCUGCAUACCGCCUUCGGCGGAGGAAACCGUCUUCAUUAACACGAACAAGUUGGUCUGGGUGAACUCAGGUGCGCAGCUCAUCAUCAUCCUUGUUGGCGUGAUCGACUUCCUCUUAGGCACCUUGUACUUCUUCAUUAGGCGGCGGCGCAACGAGGAAAGACUGGAACGCUCUCGUGCCGCUCGGCAGUCUUUGCGCGUGAACGAGGAUGGUAAUGUGGCUGACCCACCCAAGAAGCAUCUCUUCUCCCAAAGCCCGACGCUGCAUCGUCCACUCAAACCCGUCUCGGAGCUGAACGGGAGGUGCUGUGGCUGCGCGAGAAUCGCUGACACGGUGGUGCUGCCUUGCAAGCAUGCCGUGUGCUGCUACUCGUGCUCCGACCACGCCACCUACUGCCCUUUCUGCAAAGAGGCCUGCACAGACCGCCAGCGACUCUUUGCGGUGUAG